GUUCGGGACCCGUGGUGCAGACCUGCCGCGCCGUCCUUUCUCCAGAGGCUUUGGUGAGGCAGCAGCAGCAGCAGCAUGACUUCGGCGGCGGUGGAGAUUUUGGGGCUGGGGCUCGGCAUCCUGGGCUGGGUGGGAGUGAUCCUGGCCUGCGGGCUGCCCAUGUGGCAGGUGUCGGCCUUCAUCGACGUGAACAUCGUGGUGGCGCAGACCAUCUGGGAAGGACUGUGGAUGAACUGCGUGGUGCAGAGCACGGGGCAGAUGCAGUGCAAGGUGUACGACUCCAUCCUGGCUCUGCCGCCCGAGGUGCAGGCGGGCCGGGCGCUCACUGUCAUCGUGGCGCUGCUGGGGCUGGUGGCCUUGAUGGUCACUGUAGUGGGCGCUCAGUGCACCAACUGCAUCCGUCCCGGCAAGAUGAAGUCCCGCAUCGUGAUUGCCGGCGGGGCCAUCUACAUCCUCUGCGGGGUCCUGGUUCUCGUCCCGCUCUGCUGGUUCGCCAACAUUGUCAUCAGCGACUUCUACGAUCCCACUGUGCCGUCGUCCCAGAAGCGGGAGAUGGGAGCCGCGCUCUACAUCGGCUGGGCGGCCACGGCCCUGCUUCUCUUUGGGGGUGGCCUCAUCUGCUGCUGCUCCUGCUCCCAGCGCGAUGAGACCUCCUUCCCCGUCAAGUACUCGGCUCCGCGGCGGCCCACUUCCAACGGCGAGUACGACAAGAAGAACUACGUCUGAGCGGGGCUGCUCCGCGGUCCCGGCCCUGCGGGGACACGGACACGGACUGGCUCCGGCCGCCUCAUGGGCUGGAACGGGGCACCGCUCCGAGAGUCUGCGCUGAGCUCUAGCGCUCCCCUGCCUCGAGGCUCUUCUUAACGGGAUCCCGUAAAGCGGCAGCCCUAGGCAGGGCAGCGCCCGGCGCACCGGCGGCUCUCGCCGCUUAGCUACGGGCAGCGCCGCGCUUGGCGCCGCCGGGGACCCGGUACUGACCGCCCGCCAUGCCGAGACGAGCAAAGCCCUCCCCGGCCGCACAGUGCAGCCGGACCAGCAUCUCCGCGGCCCGAGACGGCUGGAGGCACAGAUGAGCCCGGGAGAGCCGCGGCAGCAUCUCCCGGUACGCCCCGUUCGGGCUCCGUCCCCUGUCUGCCCGUCCGGCUCCCGGCGCUUCCCCGGCCAUACCGUGAGAGACUUGUGAGUACUUCACCGGCCGCUUUUGCCGCCGGCGCCUCUUGGGGCACCACCGGCUGGUGGGACCAGGACCUCAGGUGUUCACUGUUGCCAAGGAGACGCUUCCUUUAGUCAUUUUCUCUCCUGAAAACCUGCAUCUGGCUGUUGCCUCUGGGACUUCAGCUGGCUCGGGGCGUUUGUUCUUCUGUUUGGGCAACUAAACUAGGGAUAACGUCCAAAGCGUGACACUAACCGUGGUUCUUGCUCCCGCAGGCAAGUAAACUGUUUGGAGAAAGGCCUUUGAUUUUCUUCAGUUGUUUCAGUCCCUCAGAGAGGUGCUGUUGUCCGUGUGUCUGUGAGAUCUUUGAAAGACAUUCAGGUAGUUGCUGUCAUUUAAUGGAGAACAAACAAGAUUACAGUAGGUUGCCUGUUAAGAUUCUUUAUCCUUUCUCCUUCAUCGGCUUUUGUUCUGUUUUGACUUGAAUAUGAACUCAUUGCCAGAAUCAUUGGAGGACUAAACAUCGAGAUCUGGGGGGG